ACUUUUUUGUUUCGGGUCCCAAUUCUCUCUUUCAGUUUCCUCCUCUAUAAAAUCAAAAGCAACAACCCAAACUUACUCAGCAUCAUCAUCAUUGCAUCAAAAAGUUUCAAGCUCAAAACGCUUUCCACUCACUCACUAGACAAACCCAUUCUAGAAAUUAAUCAAACACCUAGCAAGCGUUGAAGUCAUAGUUCUCUCUCCAUGGCUAGUGCAAGCAGCAGCAGCAGAAAAGCGAUAAAGGUAGUGAUCAUUGACACUCAAUAUGUUGUGACAGAUCCUUUGGCCUUCAAGUCUGUGGUUCAGAGUCUUACCGGUAAAGAUUCUGGCAUUUCGUGGACAGAAGAUCAGAGCUCGUUUGCUGGUGAAAAGAGGAAAAGAGAAGCCGCUAUUGGCCCAAUUGGUGGUGUUGCUGCUGAUGGGAAGUUAGCAAAAGGUUUGUCGUUUAAAGACUUGGAUCGAAUGAUCUUGGAGAUGCCUCCAGCGGAGGAAUGGCACCAGUUCUGGGCUCAGAAUAAUUUACUGUAAUGGUCAAGUUUUUUUGAGUUUAUUUUAAUCCGAUAUUGCAGAAUAGUGGCUAAUUGGCUAUCC